UCCUAUUCAGCAUUUUUUACUUGGUUUUUUUUUUUUAACUUUUUUUCCCGGAACGGGGGAUAUUGAGUUUGGAUUGUCACAAGCAGCACUCCAAACAAGACACUUUCUGUCUUUUUUUCGAAUUAGAAAUUCCCGCGAAACGGAAUUUGACCGUAACGGUCGUAACGGACCAUGGGCGACUCUCUGUGGAGAUAUUACUUUGGAGUUUUAGUCAUCGCGUGCAAGGUGAACCUGUCCCGCGCGCUCAUCCUGGACUCCAUAUACUGGAACACGACGAAUACCAAGUUCGUGCCAGGACAGGGUCUGGUGCUGUAUCCACAGAUCGGGGAUAAGAUGGACAUAGUUUGCCCACGCGUGGAGGGCGGCUCUACGGAAGGAGUGGAGUAUUAUAAACUCUAUAUGGUUCCUCUGGAACAACUAAAGUCCUGUCAGGUCACAAAGGCAGACACGCCUCUACUCAACUGCGUCAAACCGGACCAGGACGUCAAAUUCACCCUCAAAUUCCAGGAGUUCAGCCCAAACCUUUGGGGCCUGGAGUUCUUUAGGGGGAAAGACUACUACAUUAUAUCUACAUCUAAUGGAACGAUGGAAGGACUGGAUAAUCAGGAAGGAGGGGUGUGUAAAACCAAGUCGAUGAAAAUCAUCAUGAAGGUUGGACAAAACCCCUCCGAUCCCUUUUCCCCCAAAGAAUACCCCACCAGUUACCCUCCCAAACACCCCGACGCAGGGGGCAAGGAGACCAAAUCGAAUGAAGUACUUGACAAGCCCGAUGCAUCUCAACAAGGAGAAGAGAAGGGAGAUGGAAAUAAAUCAUCCUCAGUCAUCGGCUCAGAGGUUGCCCUGUUCGCCUGCAUCGCCUCAGCCAGUGUCAUUGUCAUCAUCAUCAUCAUCAUGCUAGUAUUCCUCCUGCUGAAGUAUCGACGACGCCAUCGCAAACACUCACCUCAGCACGCCACCACGCUGUCACUCAGUACAUUAGCCACGCCCAAGAGGGGCGGCAGCGGAGGCAACAACAACGGUUCGGAGCCGAGUGACAUCAUCAUCCCGCUGCGGACUGCUGACAGCGUCUUCUGCCCGCAUUACGAGAAAGUGAGUGGCGAUUACGGACACCCCGUUUACAUUGUACAGGAAAUGCCGCCUCAAAGCCCAGCAAACAUCUAUUAUAAAGUGUGAAAAUGGACACGCUUCUUUUGGACGUUUUAACUCUAACCCCCCACAUGCCCCUCGAUGAACCCCCCGUGGGCGGAAUCAACACCUGAGCUCACCCUCUUCCUACCCCCUCUUAUUUUUUUGUUGUUCUUGUUUAUUUUACAAUAUUGCUGAUUAUUACUCUCGGUAUAGAUGUUGCUGAUGGUGGAGUGACUCUCCUGAUUCGCUGCUCUUGCACCUGCAAAAAUGAAACAAACAAAUAGAAAAUGACAAAAAAGACAACAGAAACCCUCCGGGAGAUUGAGGUGCACUACAACGGAUACUAUAGCAUUUGUAUGAGGGAAUGUGUGUGAAUCAGACGAGCAGGGGAGAGGGGGUUUGAGGGGGUGGCUGUGAAAAGAGAGGUCAAGACAAUGAUUCUUCCUCUUUUUUCCACUACAUCAUCUCCCUUAAAGACACAACACACGGAGAUGGAGAAGAGAAGUGACGUGACCGUAUCACACAGCAAGAAAUAUGAACUUGAGCUGAUUAUUUAGCUUGGCCGAUUAGCUGAUCCAUCUCAAAACAGGAAGUGAAUGCAGCCUAUUGGCCAGAGCUACAGGAAGUGGAUUUAUCGAGGAAGCGGGAAGCUCUCCGGAGCCUACUGUUGGACAUUUGAAUGGACAUCAUCUGUUUUUGCACGUUCACUCGUACUUCACAUU